AUGGUCCAGCAAGUUGCCUUGCAAGAGAUUGCAGUGCUGCCGCUCCACACCCGAGUGGUGGCCGAGCCUGACUUCGGCCUCGUGCCUGAUCUUCUCGCUGCUGCGGGCUAUCUGAGCCCGGUGAUGACGACGGCUCCAACUUCGCUCCUGGAGACCGAUCUCGGGGACCUUACGUUCACGGAGCUCUCCGACUUCCUUCCGGCCGGCGUAGCGUCGCCGCGGUCGGCGUCUGCAUCGGUGGACCCUGCGCGUGAACCAUCAAGUCCGGCGGUGUCUCCUCGUACUGGCGUGUUUGCAUCCAUCUCGUCGUCCGUGCUGCUACCUUCCCACGUCCCGAUCGAGGUUCUGCCAGCUUCAAAGCCACGUCCCGAUCGAGGUUCAGCUUCUGCAUCAGGUCCGAGUGCUUCCAGCUCUGCAACGGAUCCAAGGGCUUCAUCUCCACGACACCGACGCUGUUGGGAGUACAAGCCAUGUCAGCUCAGCUGGGAGUGGCCCGAGCACUUGAAACACGUCUACUGGUGCAUGAACCAAGUGAACAAGUGGAAGGCUGCUGGUACCGAUCUCUCGUUCAUCGCGUUCUACGGCAAGAACUUCCGUGGCGCUGGUGCGUCGGACACGAACCUCUGUUUCCUGUACGCGUUUCAAGCGGCGUGCUUUGGCCUCGGACGCCCAGGCCUCGUCAACAGCGACAACUGGAAACGGUUCUGCGAUAUCGAUGCAUUCUUCAACUUCCUCCGCGCCGACGGUGUCUCUCUCGAUUACGUGGAGUUGUUCAAGGUGUACCAGAAACGGUCGAUGUGGUCCGUCGAAGAGAUGGAGAAAGUUGUUCGCGAGCUUCCCUAG